ACGACGAUAACGCCAAACUUUGGUGAUUGAUUAUCCGUUAUAUCUGAAGUGGUGUAGUUUUUGAUGACAGAGAUAAAAACCUAAAUUUUUGUCCGUUUAGUUCCAACGUUUCAGUUUAGUUUGACUAUUUGUCGGUACACAAUCGUUUUGAAUAGGAAUCUUUAACAAAAUGACUAAACCAAUUUUAUACAGUGCAGAAUUGAGUCCAGCAGUCCGGGCAGUGUGGCUUACUGCCAGAGCGUUGAAUUUAGAAUUAGAAAAUCGAACGAUUAGUUUAUUCGCAGGAGAUCAUUUGAAGCCUGAAUUUUUGAAGAUAAAUCCACAACAUACGGUUCCUACAUUGGAUGACAAUGGCCUGAUUAUCUGGGAUAGUCAUGCCAUUUGUACAUAUCUCAUCGAUAAGUACGGCAAAAAUGAUCAUCUAUAUCCGAAGGAUAUUUGCGUCAGAGCCAGAAUAGAUCAGAGAUUAUAUUUCGAUGUUGGGGUUGCUUUUGCUUCAUUCCGGCCCAUCGUUGAGGCUGUCUUCUUCAAAGGAGCCACCGAAUUUCCGGCUGAGGCGGUAAAGGGAAUUCAUUCUACAUAUAGUUUCUUGGAGCUGUUUUUGAAGGAUGAUAUGUUCAUGGUUGGAAAUACAAUCACCGUUGCCGACUAUUGCUUGGUAGCAACGAUUAGCACAGGUCAGCUAGCCGUUCCAAUAUCCGAAGAGACUUAUCCGAAAUUGGCUGCUUGGUUCGGACGGAUGAAGGAUGUGCCAUUUUAUGAAGAGAUUAAUGGCCAAUUUGUUGAAAAAUUCCGUCAAUUUAUUGUAGCUAAAUUAGAAGCAAACAAAACUGCUGUUGAUGCUGCUAAAAACGAGUGAAUAAAGUUUCAUUAGUAAAUUGAGUGAUCUUUUCAUUUAGGAACCAUUUCGAUUUUUAGUAAAAUAAGAUUUGACCAUA